AGAUUAUGACAAAGCGGGAUGAUCUCGUUGUAGCCCCUGCAGGGGUAACGUUAAAGGAAGCAAAUGAAAUUCUGCAGAGAAGCAAAAAAGGCAAGCUGCCCAUUGUUAAUGAGGAGGAUGAGCUGGUUGCUAUAAUCGCCCGCACGGAUCUGAAGAAGAACCGCGAUUACCCGCUCGCAUCUAAAGAUGCUAAGAAGCAACUGCUCUGUGGUGCUGCCAUUGGAACCCAUGAAGAUGACAAGUACCGUCUGGAUCUCCUAGUGCAGUCGGGGGUGGAUGUCGUCGUCUUGGAUUCCUCUCAGGGCAAUUCCAUUUUCCAGAUCAACAUGAUCAAGUAUAUCAAGGAGAAAUACCAUAACCUACAGGUCAUUGGAGGCAAUGUGGUGACGGCGGCUCAGGCGAAGAAUCUGAUCGAUGCAGGGGUCGAUGCUCUAAGGGUCGGGAUGGGCAGUGGCUCCAUCUGCAUCACGCAAGAAGCUGCUCCACAGAUCCCUCCAGAACUAAAGUCCCACAGCCCCAAGUGCCCGUCUUCUGUCAUGGGCACCUAUAUCUUGGCCUGCGGCAGGCCCCAGGCCACAGCAGUGUACAAAGUGUCCGAAUAUGCCAGGAGAUUUGGGGUCCCGGUGAUCGCAGAUGGAGGGAUCCAAACCGUGGGACACGUUGCCAAGGCCCUGGCACUCGGUGCUUCCACAGUGAUGAUGGGCUCUCUCCUGGCUGCAACCACGGAAGCCCCUGGAGAGUACUUCUUCUCAGACGGAAUUAGGUUGAAGAAAUACCGGGGAAUGGGAUCAUUGGAUGCCAUGGACAAGAACUUGGGCAGCCAGACCCGAUACUUCAGUGAGACAGAUAAAAUUAAAGUGGCCCAGGGGGUGUCUGGUGCAGUGCAAGACAAAGGUUCUAUCCACAAGUUCAUCCCGUACCUGAUUGCUGGGAUCCAGCACUCCUGUCAGGAUAUCGGUGCCAAGAGUCUGACCCAAGUCAGAGCCAUGAUGUACUCGGGAGAACUGAAGUUUGAAAAGAGGACGACGUCUGCCCAAGUGGAAGGAGGAGUUCAUGGCCUCCAUUCAUACGAGAAGCGCCUCUUCUGAAGGAGGGUCUGUGCCUGUACUCAGCACCUUGCUGCUCUGCAGCCCUCAGCUGCCACGCACCUGAGCUGCUCCUGUCACAGAAGUGCCAUUAUCCUGCAAGCACCUGCUGCUCCCCAUCCCUGUGAAGACACCCUGCCUGCAGGGCUCAGGCCCUGGCACGUGUUGGCCAUGUUUUACAAUAAAAGAAAAGAGGUGGG